UCCGGCUGGGUGCGAUGUCCCCGCGCUCGGGUCGCAGAGCGGGCGCUGGCGUGCCUCGUGUGUGGUGUUUCCGGCAAGGAAGGGCUUCGAGAGGGGAACUGGUGAGUGAGCGCUUGCCUGGGUGACUGGAAACGAGUUCCCGAGUGACCGGAGCAGUCUCUGCUUACCGCCUUUGGCCGCUCGUCUGCGUUACUGGGGGCUGUGCGGGUGAUAACAAUAGCGGUGACUGACUGCUGCCGUCGUACUGAAGAGUGGCGUGCUGUCCUGUGAAGGAGGCCAGAGAUACGUUUUCUGCAGGCUAGCAGCUGUAUCGCAUGUUUGCAUAGCAACAUUUUCGCUCUUCCUUAAUGAAUAGUGGUAAGCGCAGCCUGCUGUGCGUGAACUGAAAACCCAGCUACGCAAAGGAUUGGAAUCUGACAUGGCACACAGAAAAUCCAGACUUCACCCAAUGCUUUCAGAACACAGUCUUGGUCUGGAUUCCUUGCAUUUACCUAUGGGUCUGCUUCCCAGUGUACUUCCUAUACCUUCGUUGUCAUGACAGGGGAUACAUACAAAUGUCAAAUCUCAACAAAGCCAAAACGGCUUUGGGCUUAAUAAUGUGGAUAGUCUGCUGGGCAGACCUUUUCUACUCUUUCUGGGAAAGAAGUCAAAAUAUUUUUCGAGCUCCGUUUUUUCUCAUUAGGCCUACAGUAUUGGGUAUAACUAUGUUACUUGCCACAUUUUUAAUACAAUAUGAAAGAAUAAAAGGAGUCCAGUCUUCAGGCGUAAUGACGAUUUUCUGGCUCAUCUCGUUAUCAUGUGCCACAGUGGUUUUUAGAUCUAAAAUACAUGCCUUAAAUAUGGGUGCUGAAGUGGAUGCAUUUCGUUAUGUCACCUUCUGCAUCUACUUCGUCCUGUUAUUUGUACAGCUCAUCCUGUGUUGUUUUCCAGAACGACCACCUUUGUUUUCUGAAACAGUAAAUGAUCCUAAUCCAUGUCCAGAGUUCAGUGCUUCUUUCCUCUCCAGAAUCACAUUCUGGUGGAUCACUGGGUUGAUGGUUCAGGGUUAUCGGAGACCUUUGGAAGCCAAGGAUUUGUGGUCAUUAAAUAAAGAGGACAAAUCGGAGGAGAUAGUGCCAAGUUUGGCUAGAAACUGGGCAAAAGAGUGGGCAAAGACCAAGAGGCAACCAUUAAACAUGUUAUACUUGCCCAAAAAGCAGCAAAAAUCAAGCGACUCAAAUGGUGAUGUGACAGAAGAGGCUGAAGCUUUGAUUGUAAAACCAUCUCAGAAGAGCUCUGAAGCAUCUUUAUUCAAGGUGUUAUAUAAAACUUUUGGACCAUAUUUUCUCAUGAGCUUCCUGUUUAAAGCUGCACAUGAUCUCUUGAUGUUUGCAGGCCCAGAAAUUCUGAAAUUGCUAAUCAACUUUGUAAAUAACAAAGCUGCCCCAAACUGGCAAGGCUACUUUUAUACGGUGCUGCUGUUUGUUUGUGCCUGUCUUCAGACACUGAUUCUUCACCAGUAUUUUCAUAUUUGCUUUGUAACUGGAAUGAGGCUCAAAACAGCUAUUGUUGGUGUAAUUUAUCGAAAGGCACUUGUUAUCACAAAUUCUGCUAGAAAGACUUCUACUGUGGGUGAGAUUGUGAAUUUAAUGUCUGUGGAUGCUCAGAGGUUCAUGGACUUGGCUACCUAUAUAAACAUGAUUUGGUCUGCACCUCUCCAGGUGAUAUUAGCCCUGUACUUACUGUGGCAGAAUUUAGGUCCUUCAGUGCUGGCAGGUGUGGCUGUCAUGAUCCUUCUGGUUCCAAUAAAUGCUGUGAUGGCAAUGAAGACAAAAACCUAUCAGGUGGCUCAAAUGAAGAGCAAAGACAACAGAAUUAAGCUGAUGAAUGAAAUUCUCAAUGGGAUUAAAGUUCUGAAACUGUAUGCUUGGGAAUUAGCCUUCAGAGAGAAGGUAUUAGAGAUCAGACAGAAAGAACUCAAAGUCCUAAAAAAAUCUGCUUACCUUGCUGCAAUGGCAACCUUCACUUGGGUUUGUGCUCCUUUUUUGGUUGCCUUGUCCACGUUUGCUGUGUACGUCACAAUAGACAAGAACAACAUCUUGGAUGCUCAGAAGGCAUUUGUUUCACUAGCAUUAUUCAACAUCCUCAGGUUUCCAUUGAACAUGCUUCCUAUGGUUAUCAGCAGCAUAGUGGAAGCCAGUGUCUCCCUGAAGCGCCUUAGGGUGUUCCUGUCUCAUGAAGAGUUAGAUCCAGACAGCAUAAUCAGGGGUCCCAUCACAGAGGCUGAAGGAUGCAUUAUUGUAAAGAAUGCAACGUUUAGCUGGUCCAGAAAUGAUCCUCCUUCACUGAACAGCAUUAAUUUCACUGUUCCUGAAGGCUCCUUGGUAGCUGUUGUUGGUCAAGUUGGCUGUGGAAAGUCUUCAUUGCUGUCUGCAUUACUGGGGGAGAUGGACAAAAAGGAAGGCUACGUGGUUGUCAAGGGCUCAGUAGCCUAUGUUCCUCAGCAAGCCUGGGUCCAAAAUGCAACUCUGGAAGAUAACAUUAUCUUUGGAAGGGAGAUGAAUGAGAGCCGGUACAAGCGUGUGAUUGAGGCUUGUGCACUGCUGCCUGAUAUAGAGAUUCUUCCUACGGGAGACAAAACAGAAAUAGGAGAAAAGGGUGUGAAUUUGUCUGGAGGACAGAAACAGCGAGUCAGUCUUGCUCGGGCGGUUUACUGUAAUGCAGAUGUCUAUUUAUUUGAUGAUCCUUUAUCAGCUGUCGAUGCUCAUGUUGGGAAACAUAUUUUUGAAAAAGUUAUUGGACCAAAAGGAAUCCUGAAAAAUAAAACACGGGUUUUGGUAACCCACGCGAUCAACUACCUGCCUCAAAUGGAUUCAAUUCUGGUAAUGUGUGACGGAGAAAUCUCUGAGAUGGGCUCCUACCAGGAGCUGCUGAAGCAAGAUGGGGCUUUUGCAGAGUUUCUUCGUACAUAUGCUAAUGCUGAACAAAGCAUGGAGAACAACGACUCAGAUCCUUCAUUAGAAGGAACGAUUCAACCUCUGGAAACAGAUACAAAUAGUCCAUCUGGAAAGGAAGGAAAGCCUAUAGAAAAUGGAGUCCUUGUGAAUGAAGUCCCUGGAAAGUUGAUGCAUAGGCAACUCAGUAACUCUUCAACAUACAGCAGAGACACCGGGAAGUCACAGCACCAGAGCAGCACAGCAGAGCUGCAGAAGCCGCUUGCUGAAAAGAAUUCCUGGAAACUGACGGAGGCUGACACAGCGAAGACUGGGAGGGUGAAGGCAACAGUGUACUGGGACUACAUGAAAGCAAUUGGACUCUUCAUCUCUUUUUUGAGCAUUCUGCUCUUUAUGUGUAAUCAUGUAGCCUCCCUGGCUUCCAACUACUGGCUAAGUUUAUGGACAGAUGAUCCUGUUAUCAAUGGGACACAGCAGUACACAAAUGUCAGACUGGGAGUGUAUGGAGCACUGGGAAUUUCUCAAGGUAUUGCCGUGUUUGGCUACUCGAUGGUUGUGUCAAUAGGGGGAAUAUUUGCUUCACGACACCUGCACCUUAACCUGCUGCACAACGUCCUCAGGUCUCCAAUGAGUUUCUUUGAACGUACACCCAGUGGAAAUCUGGUGAACCGUUUCUCUAAGGAGAUAGAUACCAUUGACUCCACCAUUCCACCAAUCAUCAAGAUGUUCAUGGGCUCGACAUUUAAUGUGAUUGGUGCUUGUAUCAUCAUUCUGCUGGCCACACCUAUAGCUGCUGUCAUUAUUCCACCUCUGGGACUUGUCUACUUGUUUGUCCAGAGAUUUUAUGUGGCCACUUCUCGUCAGCUCAAACGCCUUGAGUCUGUCAGUCGUUCUCCUGUAUAUUCUCACUUCAAUGAGACCCUCCUGGGAGUCAGUGUGAUUCGAGCCUUUGAGGAGCAGAAACGUUUCAUAAAGCAGAAUGACAUGAAAGUGGAUGAAAAUCAGAAAGCUUAUUAUCCAAGCAUUGUUGCAAACAGGUGGCUGGCUGUCCGUCUGGAGUAUGUAGGGAACUGUAUUGUCCUCUUUGCAGCAUUGUUUGCAGUGAUGGCACGCAACAAACUCAGCGCAGGACUUGUUGGCCUUUCAGUGUCCUACUCACUGCAGAUUACAGCGUACUUGAACUGGCUAGUUCGUAUGUCAUCUGAGCUGGAAACCAACAUUGUUGCUGUAGAAAGAGUCAAAGAAUACGCUGAAAUGGAGAAGGAGGCUGAAUGGAGUAUUGAACAAACCGCCCCAGCAAGUACCUGGCCCGAGGAAGGAAAGGUUGAGUUUCGAGGCUAUGGUUUACGUUACCGGGAAGACUUGGAUUUGGUUCUGAAAAACAUAAAUGUUACCAUAAAUGGGGGUGAGAAGAUUGGAAUAGUUGGAAGAACGGGAGCUGGAAAAUCCUCACUUACUUUAGGUUUGUUUCGGAUUAAUGAAGCAGCUGAAGGAGAAAUUAUUAUUGAUGGAAUUAAUAUUGCAAAGAUAGGGCUCCAUGACUUGCGGUUCAAGAUCACCAUCAUCCCUCAGGAUCCAAUAUUGUUUUCUGGCUCUUUGCGUAUGAAUCUUGAUCCUUUUGACCAACACUCUGAUGAAGACAUUUGGAGGUCUUUGGAAUUGGCUCACCUGAAAAACUUUGUAUCGUCCCUUCCUGAUAAACUUAAUCAUGAGUGUGCUGAAGGUGGUGAGAACCUCAGUGUGGGACAGCGCCAGCUGGUGUGCCUGGCACGAGCUCUGCUCAGGAAGUCGAAAAUACUGGUUCUAGAUGAAGCCACAGCUGCUGUUGAUCUUGAAACAGAUAAGCUUAUACAGUCAACAAUAAAGUCUCAGUUUGAAGAAUGUACUGUAUUAACUAUAGCACAUCGUCUGAACACAAUAAUGGACUACACAAGAGUUUUAGUCCUGGACAGAGGAGAAGUGGUGGAGUGUGGUAGCCCAGACCACCUACUUCAGGAAAAAGGCAUUUUCUAUAGCAUGGCCAAAGAUUCAGGCUUGGUGUAGCAUUUGAACUCGGUUAGUUCCUGUGGGAAAGAGGGAGGUGAUACAGUCAGAGAACUGUAACUUCCCCUGAGCUGGUGUGAACUGUACAGUUCAGUUUCAGACCUAGUGAAAGCAGACAGAGCAUGGCGAUGGAAGUAACGUAAAAAUGCAAUUUUUUUCUUUUUUUAUUCUCCUUAGUAUUGAUUUUUAGCCAGCUUUAGGAGAAGUACAUACACUGUGCAAAACAAUCCAGAGACUUUUAAUUUUUGCCUGAAACCUGUCAUUAUAUGCUCAAAUGUAAGGUGGAGUGAUUAAUCAGAGAAGUUCAGAAAAGCUUUUUCUUUUCAUCUGCUCUUAUGUUCUGAAGUUCCCCCCCCCCUUUUUUUUUUGUUUAAAACAUUUUUGCAAAUGCUAGUUAUUUGCUUGUUUGCUGAUUCCUCAUUUGAUGAGCCACCUAUUGUGGGAUGCACUUGGAACAUUUUGUGGCAUAUAGUACUAUAGUCCAAAGAUUAUUCUUCUUGUGAAAUAACAUGUGUGCCAGGCUUUCUCAUUAUGGCAUUUACUGUACUUGGUUAAUGCUUUUAUGCAUUGUCCUAAAGGUUUCAUGUGUUUACAGUGUAUAGCAGCAAGUUCACUAUAAUAUGUCAGUAGUACUGAUGUGAAAAAGCACGGUCAACUUCAAAGCAGUAUUUAAGCAUGUCUAGAAUGACAAUCACUCCAAAACCAAAUGCGUGCAGCAGUUGGUGUGUUGCGGUAUGCAGUACCUGAUCUUACACCCAGUUCACUCAGGAAUUCUGACUUGGGUGGCGAAUCCUGGUGAUGCCUGUGGGAACUAGGCUGAGAAGUGAGGAUUUGCCUGAGUGGAGGUUGCAGGCUUGGCGUGAUAUGGAUUGUAAUACCCUUGGCUUUGGCAGUUCUGUGCUUUAAUAGAAGCUCUGCCACAUCCAGGACCAUUAGCCUUAUAUCGAAGAAACAUGCCCUUCAUGCUGCUGCUGUUGACUCUUAAAUUUUGUGGGAAACUUCUGUUACAGUAACACCUUCUUUUUUUUAAAGUUGUGUGUCAGAGGGGUCUAACAAUUCAGUUAGCAAUGGAGUCUGGUUUUUGAGAUCUAUGUUGAAUGUUCAGUUUUCUGUGGGAAGAAAAAAGUUACUUUUCUCAUGUUCUGAUUAGUCUUUUUUUAAAGGAAAAUGCUGGAAGAAGGCAAACUAAGUCAGAUGGACCCAAAUACUCAGCACUCUGAGAAUGUGGACUUCGGUGAAUGAUAUUGCUGACCUUAAUACUAGACAAUUGUCUUCUUUAGAGUAAAACUAUUUAUUUUUUUGUAAAUUAUGACUCUCUGAAAUUGAAUAGACUGAAAUUUUCUUUGGUAUUUUUUGUAAUGACUAUACAAAUAUUUGCAAAGAACUUGAAGUAAAAAAAUUGUUUGAAAGAUA